AUGUCAAAACCUAUUGCAAAAGUAAACAACAGUGUCAUUUUUUGUAGAGGCCAUCCAUCCCCAAUAUCUAAUCUUCUCUCAGAGGAAGUUUUAUUGUUUCUUCGAAGGUACUUUGCUUGUGCUACAAUCAGUUAUGGAUUGUUGGAUAAGGUAAUCGAAUUCAGCAGUAUUUCAUCUCAGCAAGAGAUACUUGGCGAUAUUCUAGGUCGUACAUCAUUUCGAGCCAGGAAGUUACAUCGUAAUGCACUGAAAUACAUUAUUCGACAACUGGAGGCACAGAAUGUCGAAGUUGCUCCAAACUUAUAUAGUUGUUUCAUUGAUCCCAAGAUUGGAAACACACCAUGUGUAGAUCGUUACUAUUUCGAUCAACACUUUUUGAAAUACAUUUUGAUACAGGAAGAUCAGUGCCAGUUAUCAAAGGGAACCACUGGUCUGUCAUGUUGGCAGGCUUCGUGCGAUCUAGCAAAUUAUUUAUUGAAGUUUGGUGGUGAUAUUAUUUUUGGUAAGGAUGUGCUAGAAUUAGGUGCUGGGUGUGGUCUAGUUGGUAUCGCUGUUGCUAUUUCUGGAUGUGCUAAAACCAUUACUCUUUCUGAUGGAAAUAAUGAUGUCUUGGGAAUGAUUUAUGCUAACCUUGAGGCAAACUCUUUAAAGAAUUGUGAUAACAUAUUUACUACAAUUCUUCAAUGGGAAGCUAUAAAUGUCAGCAAUAUUCCUGUUAUACCGAGUGUUAUCAUUACUGCAGAUGUUGUGUACGAUCUAGAAGCAAUUAAACCGCUUGUGUGUGCCAUAAAAAAACUUCUCGUUGCAUCUGAGAAAGAAGGCAAUUUAGAGCCUUGUUGUAUAUUAGCCAAUACGUUAAGAAGUGCAGAUACUAUGGACAAGUUUGUGGCUUACUCAGGGGAAAGUGGACUUUUGAUUAAAAAUUAUUUUACCUAUGAAGAUGGCAUCUUCAUAUUUGGCGAUAUUAAAUUAGAAGAUCAAUCAUUAUUUCCUUUCACAAGCAAUAUACACUGCCCUACCGUAUUUUACGAAUUAGCUUUGAAGUAG